AUGCACUUCGCUCGCCAAAAAUUUGGCAUUUUGAAACCAACAUUAUUGGCUACACGAAAACGUCCGACAGCUUUGCUGACAACCUCAAGCGAUGUAAGCACCUUGGUAUCGUUUGGAGACCGUUUGAGCGACAUUUUUAACCGUGUUUGGCAAAAGGAACUGGCCCAUUUCCCAACCUCCAUAACGGAUUUCUGGGGCCGCGCUCUGUCCUACCAGCUUGUCGAUGCUCCUUCAGGUGACCCCGGAUUAACUUUUUCGUCCAUUGCCGAGGAUCGAGAAUACUCGUCAGCCAAGACUCCAUUGCCCCUUAUUAUCGCUGACGGCCGUUCCCCCGGCGAGAUUCUGAUACCAGCCAAUACUACCAUCUUCGAGUUCUCGCCCUGGGAGCUCGGUUCUUUUGGCCAGUCCGUCAAUGGCUUCGCUCCUCUCAUGUACAUCGGUUCUCGUUUUGACAAGGGAAAGCUACCAACGUGCGAAGAAUGCAUCAAUGGGUUUGACAACGUUGGCUUUGUGAUGGGCACUUCUAGUUCCCUGCUUAAUCAAAUUCUUGUCGAGCUCAAAAAAGUGACUCUACCGACGCUAGACUUCGUCGUUGAUUCUAUUCUGAAUCAGCUUUCUGCUCAAGCGAACUGGGAUAUUGCCAUCUGGGCUCCGAAUCCUUUCGAGGGUUAG